AUGGUGUGCGCGCCUGCCAAUCAGUUCUGCUGUGGCUGCAGCCUGCGAUGGGGCACAGGCCUAGUGAUCUUCGUCAACUUUCUCUUGGUGCUCCUGUUUCUCUUCCGUGCCGUCGCGGCGCUGUUCUACCCUGAGGAGUUCCCGGGGUUUGGAAACAUGCCGGUGCAGGUCUUCUUUGCGGCCUUCGGCGUGGCCAGCCUGCCCUUCCUUUGCCUGGGCAUCCACGGUGUGGUCCGAAGAGACGAGGUCACCCUCUCUGCCUACUGCGUGUACCUGCUGCUCGCAGUCGGGGUUUGCGGCUACUGCUUGGUGCAGCUUGGGCUGUCGUUGACCUGCUCCAGUCUUCCUGGGGACGAGAAAGCGGUGGGGGCAUACCUCUGCGGUGUCAUUGAGAUCGUGGACAUCGCCUUUGUCUCUGUGCUGCUUCUCAGUCUACUCUACACGUUGUACGUGGUGUGGUCCCAGUGUCAGGACUUUGCGCUGGGCGGGCACAGGACCUUCUCCGACCUGGAGGAGUGCUACGGCAGCUUGGAAUCGAAGCGAUUGAUGGAGUCCUCGCACAACAUCCUCCAGUCCUUCGAGGACGAGGGCCUGGGCGCCAUGUUCGGGAGCGGCCCAAGCGGCCCGGUGUCGGGCUUCGGCCGGGGGCUCGGCGGCUCCGCUCGGUUUGGGGAAAUCGGGGCGCCACUUCAGCUCUGCGUGGUGGGCGUGGGCCCAGUGGCCCUGUCGGAGGCCCUCUCAGGGGUGUCCCUGCUGCAAGCCAUGCCCAGGGUCGAUCCUGUGGACAUAGGUGCCAGCCUGCUUUGGGACGCGAAGGCGAGCCUCCAAGCGGUCGAGUCGCCUCUCGAGGUCGCAAGGCCGAAGCCGCUUUCCCUGCUAGCGGAGAGGAUCGAGCCGUCUGUGAAGAGGAGGAAAAUGCGAGCUCCAAGUGAGUUGACAGCUCCGGAGGUGCAGGUUCCCAGGGAUCCUGGACCACCCGCUAAGCGCCGGCGGCUAGGCGCCCAGAGGCGCGGUCGCGCCUGGCAUUUUGCCUCGAGCCAAGUCCAGUGCCUGUCGGAUCCAAGUGGGGCAAAGUAG